CGCCGUCGUUGCAGCCUCCUCGCCUCUCGAUCUCCCGACCUCUCGCGCUUGCCCCCCGGCACUGUCAUGUUCUGAGUCGUCCCCGUCCUGAGAAGAGACCAUGAUCGCCCGCUCGAGCUGGCGCAUCACGGUUCCCCGCUUGCGACUCGUCGCCCGCGCCGCGCACCGCGCGCGAUACAGCAAGACUGCCGACUUCCCCCUCCUCGAACAUGACGGGUCGGCCAGCCCCGGAAAUGCUGCGGCGCGCGAACCAUACGGGCAAGAGUACGGUGCUGGCCCCUCGUGCAUCCCUUACGAGCCGCCAAUAUCCUCUCCCUCGGCUGCGGCUGCGGCGGCACGACCAGGGCCUACGGCAACCACGGACGCCGCCGCCGCGGCGCGUUUGGCGCGCACGACCACGCGGCAGUCGGCACGAUGGUUGCGCAAGGCGCUCAACUCGAUCUCGGACGCCGAGCGGCGCGCGCUGCAGGAGCCCAUGGAGCGCGCGACCGCUAAUGCCACACUUGCGCGCAUAGGCAUCCGCGUGCAGGCGCUGUCGCGGCUAGAGCUGCACACACUUUUGCACGACUUGAUCCGGCUCGGGGCGACGUCCCUGGCGGUGUGGGUGUGUACCGACGUCCUUGAGCAUCUCCACCCCUCGUCGAUACCCCGCAAAGUGUUCUCUCCCUCGACGCUCGUUGCACUGGGACGGCUGAGCGAUGGCCAAGAGAUCUAUCUCCCUCCGCUGUACAGGCACCCCAUCGGCCGUCUUGAGCAGCCGUCCAUCGACGAACAGCAACCACGGCAGCCCUCGCCAUACCUUGCCUCGCUUCUCAGCAUGCUCGAGCUCCUCCAGCGUGUCCGCCACCGGCGGCCGCAGGAGCUGUAUCGCCUCGCCAUGAUUCAGUGCAUCAACGAGUGCAGGCCCGACGAGGCCGCCAAGAUCUACGUCGGCUUGGUGGAAGAAUGGAUCAUCGAGGGGCGCAUCGCCGAGGGCGCCGACCCAAGUGACUUUUACGCUGGCGGUGGCCCGCCGCGCGAGCCAAGGAGCGACUCGCCGCUCCUCGCGAUGUGGUUCAAAGGUGUCCGCACAUGGCGUCUCCCAGGGGAGGCACUAUCUCCACACGAUCGCCUGGACCUGUGGCAUCCACAUCACCACUCGCUCCAAGAACGCCUCCGCGGCUUCCCCAUGCCCAUCCCGACAUCCCCGCCCUCCCUCGUCCCCAACCCAUCCAUGCAGCUGCUCUCCAUUAUCAUCAACAAUCUCGAGCUGGAUCCGAGGAAGCUCAGCCCCGCAGACUAUGCUUCGUCAGUCCGCGCGCUGGCAAUGCUCGCCAACACGGUGCUCUCGCGUACGCUGCCGGUCCCCGCUGUCCCAUCCAUCCUCAAGGCGUUCUCGGACUCGCACAUGGAGCCGCGUGUCUAUCCCGAGUCGUUCACAGAGGUCCCCGAGAGCCAUGGAUGGGCGUACACCGCCAACACGCAGGUGCACGUCGCGCUUGUAUCGCUCAUGUUCUCGCCGCCCAACUACGCGCGAGCGGCCGAGAUCGAACGCCGAUUCUCGCCCGAAGACAGACUCCCACACGAGGUCGGCGCGGCACGGUACAUGCUCCGCCCGCUGGGGUGGAAGUCGUGCCUCGUCCUCAUCAAGUACGCUGCCGAAACCCUGCAUCAGCCGCGACUCCUGGCGCGUCUCUUCGACUACAUGAAGGUCACGUUCAAGGAAUGGGACAUGCCCGCGCUCAACAUCCUGUUCCGCGGCUCGUCUCAGACACGCGACAACGCUCUGGCAACGGCAGUCGAGGAGAAGGUAUUUGGCGGCUCCCUCCUUGGAAAUCCCAAGGCGACCGAGGCGGGCGACAACAAGGGCGAGGAGCAGCAGCCCCAGGCCCAACUGCAUGCCUUGCUGCCAAAGACGCAUAAUCCGCAGACCAAAGAGCAGCCGGUGCUUCAGCACGAUUCCGAAGUGGAAGCGCUUCUGGACGGAAUCGACAUGGAGGCCCUGAAGGCAGACUCGCACACUCUCGUCGCCCUGGUCAAGCACUUGACCGUGACGUCGCAGUUUGACCGCAUCAUCAUGCUCGUCUACACAGUUCUGCCUUACCUCGCCGUCAACACCGCUACGCCAGCGGCCCGAGUCGAGCAGCUUGCGGAACUCACCGGCGCAACCAUCUCAAGCCGUGGUCGCAUCCUCCCCGUACGACUUCCUGCUGAGCUGUUCGCCGCGAUCAUCGCCGCCUUAGCAAAGUCAGGCAACACUGGUCUCGCACAGCGCAUAUUCCGGCUGGCUCGAUCGUAUGAGAAGCAGGACUACACCUCCCAGAAGUUGAAGGAGCCCAUUCCACAAGCGACGACUGCCACGAGCUCUCCUCAACCGGCCGAGCAGCAGGCCUUGCAGCCCAAGAGGCAUCCGGCGGCCUAUUACUUCAUUCCAAUCCACAUGUACACGUCCCUCAUCCAAGUGUACGGCAACGAGACCCGGCCGCGUCCCAACGCGAUCGAGAACAGCCCUCGUGGAUGGGAGGCGACGAGCCCAUACAAAUUCAUGAACCGGCAGGAGGCCGGGCACCACAUGGCGUGGGACUCGUACAACGAAGCGAUGCGGCGGUGGCGCCUCUCACGGCGCCUGCACGAGCACAACCUCGCGCAGCUGGCCGCCGGGGAAGACGUAGUGUUCGACGUGACGGAGCGCGAGCUGGCGGAACGCACGCCCGACGGCCGCUUCUUCGCCGCCAUCAUCCGCGUCUACUUCGCGCGCUGGAACUUGAACAACGACAUCCUCCUCGACCGCCGCGGCCGCGAGAAGGUCAUGCGCCUGCUCCGCGACAUGCGCGACGCGGCUGUGCCCAUCCCCGCAGGCCUCGCGACCAAGCUCGCCACGGGCCAGGUCGAGGGCCCCAUCUUCCCCGACAUCGUCACCACCAAGAGCUUGCAUCGGCCGCGCACGUACGCCCGCGGCGUCGUGCAGGAGCACCGCAAGUUCGGCUUGCGCGGUGGCUCCUACGACCACUACCGGCGGCCGCCUGUCGGUCCCGAGGAUCCGGCGAGGGCAGACUACGCUGAGCGCAGCCGGAGGCGCGUGGAUCGAGCCGCGGAGGGGCGGGGUGGGGCGGAAGCGCCGCGCGAGAGGCGCGAGUCGAGCGCGCGAGUGACGACUGCGAUACGCCAGUCGCGCGAGGAGAACGGCUGUAUGGGUCAGGACAGGAACGAGGGUGGCUCGCCUCUCUCACCCUCACUCGUGCAGUAGCGCUAGCGCCAUACACAUAGUAACGGAGUCAUCAUCAGAUCACAUAUUGCACAGCACGCAUCAUGCAUCACCAAUCACUGCCAG